AUGGAAAGUGAUAGCGAAAACAGUGAUGUUAUUUCUAUAAAUAAACGGAGAAGACAAGACAAUGUAGAAUCUGACAGUGAUUUAGAACAAAUUGUUUUUCCACGUCGGAGUCGGCGUAGAAUUAUAUCUGACGACGAGGAAGAUGUUCAGAAUGAGAAUAGAGAAAGGAAUGUUUCAUCCCAGAAAUGGAUUUGGAAAGACGCGGACAAUAUAACGCAAGUAUGGGAAUAUUCAAGGAUACCUAAAAUACAUAUUCUUGUUGGGCAAAAUGUCACAGCUUUGCAAAUGACAAGAGAAGUAUUAGCAGAAGACUCUUGGGAAAUCAUUGUGAGAGAAACUAAUCGUUACGCCAGUCAAACACUCCAAAAUGAAAACCGCAAAUUACGAAAAUUUGAAGAAAUUUGGUGGGACACCAAUAUAGAUGAAAUACAUGCGUAUUUUGCCUUGUGCAUUUUGAUGUCCCAAGUCAAAAAACCUACUGUGCAGUCAUAUUGGUCAAAAAAAAGCGUAAUUGAGACACCAAUAUUUCGAAAAACAAUGCCCUAUUGGAGAUUUACACAAAUUUCACGCUUUUCGCACUUUACUGAUAACGAAGUUAUAAACGAUAAUGACGAUCGUUUAUGUAAAGUGCGGAGUGUAAUCGAUUAUUUUAAUGAGAAAUUUCAAAAUAUUUGCACUCCCGCGGAAUACAUUUCGUUAGAUGAGUCGUUAAUGAAGUACACGGGUCGGAUCUCGUACAAACAGUAUAAUCUGUCCAAAAGAGCACGUUUAGGAGUGAAAUUUUAUAAGUUAUGUGAAUCCAAGUCGGCUUAUUGCAUUAAAUUCAAAAUCUACACUGGUCAAGAUUUAGACAGAAAUGCGAAUGUAUCUGUCUCUGAAAGCGUCACAAGGCUUAUGUCCACAGUACUAACUGGUUACGAGCAUACUCUAUUUUUGGACAAUUGGUAUUCUUCGCCAAGCCUAUUUCAAAAGUUACAGUCUAGAAAAAUGAAUGCCAUAGGAACAGUGAGAUGCAAUAGGAAGAAUAUGCCUAAAGAACUCGCAGCUGCAAAAUUAAAACGUUCUGACGUGAUAUCGCGCUCCUGUAAUGGAAUUUUGGUUGCAAAAUGGAAAGAUAAAAAAGACAUAUAUGUAAUGUCCACGAAACAUACAAAAAUUGAGAUGGUCGAAGUGGAAAAAAAGAGGUGGAAAAAUAAUAAUAGCCUUACAACAAAGCCUAACAUCGUUUUGGAAUACAAUUAG